CGGGUGCGCGGCGCAGAGGGGAGGGCCAGCGGGACAGGAAUGCGCGGCAGGCGGGCGGGUGGCGCAGGAGGCGAGCGGCGGAACAUGUAAGGGCACAUCCCGCCAGCAGCCUCCCAGCGCGCACACAGAGCCCAGGGGAGCGGGCGUGCGGGCGGGCGGAGAGGCGCAGGGCACCCGGCAGAGGCUCGCGGCGGUCGGAGCGGCGCGCAGGGUCCCCAGCGGGCGGCGAGCGAGCAGCAUCCUCCCGCGUCUCCCCGGCGCCGCUGUCGUCUGCAAGGCGUCCCGGGCCGCGGGCUCGGCUAGACAGGGAGCAAGGCCAGCCGGCCCAGGGCGCGAGAAGCCGGCGCUUAAGAGCCGGGACCGCCGCGGGCUCCAGCGCUGUGGGAACCUCGGGGACGCCCAUGACGGCGGCGGCGACCGUGCUGAAGGAGGGCGUGCUGGAGAAGCGCAGCGGCGGGCUGCUGCAGCUGUGGAAACGGAAGCGCUGCGUGCUCACCGAGCGCGGGCUGCAGCUCUUCGAGGCCAAGGGCACGGGCGGCCGGCCCAAGGAGCUCAGCUUCGCCCGCAUCAAAGCCGUGGAGUGCGUGGAGAGCACCGGGCGCCACAUCUACUUCACCCUAGUGACCGAGGGCGGGGGUGAGAUCGACUUCCGCUGCCCCCUCGAAGACCCCGGCUGGAACGCUCAGAUCACCCUGGGCCUGGUCAAGUUCAAGAAUCAACAGGCCAUCCAGACCGUGCGGGCCCGGCAGAGUCUUGGGACUGGCACCCUCGUGUCCUAAACCACGAGGCAUACCAUUUUAUCGACAUGCCCCCACCGCUACCACCUCCGUGCCCAGAGGACGUGUCAGCCUCUCUGUCCACUCUGGUUGGUUGGGGCCUGACUACAUGUGAUGCAGCGGAAACUACCGGCAUUCGGGAGAAGCAUAUCAUGGAAGGAGCCAAGCGGCCGGGCAUGGAGAGCAGAAGCCAGCGAGGGGCUGAGGAUGAAGAUUCAGCUCCUGGACACGGAGACUGGUGAACCUCCAAGCCACAGGCCUGGCCUCAUGCGCCAUGAUGGAGCCCUUGGGGCUUACCUGGCAUCAAGGCCCCUCCCACUGAUCCUGCCCUUGAUUCUGGGUUCUGCAGACUACUGUUUGGCCCCUGGCCUUGAGACUUGCCCAAAGGAGAGCAGUUCCUCAUGGCGUGCUAAGUCAAGGCCUCAGAACUCAGGAGGAUAGCCUGGGAUCCAGAAGAUGGCCACCCUACCUUAGGACAGCCGAUGGACUUAGCUUGCAGAUGGGAUCUGCUGGGCAUGAGGCCUGUGCCUGGGGGUCUCUUGCUGCUUAGGUCCUUUGGGACCCCCCCACCCAUCCAUACCCUCUCUUUGCACACUCUAUUGCCCUCUCCUCACUUUGGUGCUGGGCCUGGAGGUGGUGGGGGUGGGGUAAGGGUUUGGCCAUUACCAUUUCAUGCCUAUUCCAGAAUGAAGAUGCCCAGUAUGUGGGUAGUAACUA